ACAAGGCCCUCACUAUGGAGUCGCUUGAAGGCACAUCAAAGUUAAUCAAAUCUUCAUCGUUAGAUAUUCAAGUCCUAAAUUGGCUGUAUGAAUAUAGUGUGAAGAAUGGCUUUGACCAAGCCUGCAAGGGUAUUGAAACAGAAUUCAUAAAAAGAAAUAAGAUACCAGAUGUACCAUGUUCUGGAUAUCUACUGUAUUUGAGGCGUCUUCAGAUGCUUUUGAACAAGAAAAAGUGGAAAACAAGUGCAAAGUUAGAAACCAUCCUUAAGCUGUUGACAGACUUGUUACAAUUCAAGCCACUUCAUAAGUGCAUAGUUUUCUAUAAGAAGAUUAUUGUUCUAUAUGUGACUACAAAAUUGCUGCUUGUGAAUGAGCAUCAGCUGGAGAAGGCUGCUGUAGAACAACACAUUUCCCAGUUAUCCUGGAAGGAGUUUAAGAGUCAAUGUCAAUUAGAGGAUGAUUUCUUCAUUGAGACGUUUGAGCGAGUAAAAAAUGCUGCAAGUGAAUCCAUAGAAGCAAGUGCCAGAGGUUCCGUAAAGAGUACAAGAUGUUUGAAAAAAGUACUAUUACUUCAAGCUAAUAGCCAUGUGUAUGGUAGCCUCCCAGAACUUUUGGCUAAGUUAUUACAAUUGCUUCCACCAACUGCAUUAGAAAAGAUUAUAAAGGAUGAAGAUAUCCAGAAUGAUCUGGCAAGACAAAACACACAAGAAUACAGGAUACUUCUUAACUGUAUCAAAGACAGUCUCACUGGGAGUGCCAUAAGAGAUGCUGUGAAAAAAUUGUCAGUUGCAAAAGAAGAGGUAUCAGAAUUUAAUCCUCAUAAUGAUGAGGAAAGCCAUUGCAGUCCUAAUUCCUCUGCAGAGCAUGGUAGCCAGAUAGAUACUUCUGAUAUAACAGUUCAUGAAGAGAUGGAUAUUAUUCAAGUCAAUGGUAAACUCUGGACAGUCAAGAAAUGUGCAAGUGUUCCAGUUGAUGUCAAGAAUUUAAGUUGUAUUGAGUCUUUAUCUGAAGACAGUGCUGAGGAAGGUCUUGCAGAUGAUAUGGAACAACAGGAGUCAUCCUACUUUAGGCAUGAAAAUGAAAUCAUAGUUCACAAUGGAAAAGUAUGGGAAGUAAAACCUACAAGAGUGUUGCCUGUGAAUUCUCAAGAUAUUCUAACCGAUGACAGUGAGUAUGACUCACAAAUGGAAGAUCCAAGAAUUACAGAAGAAAGAUAUGAGGAUUCUGAAAUUAGGGAAUUAGAAGAACUGAUAAGGACAAUGGAAAAAUAUGUAACAAAACUUAAAUAUAAAUUAAAGAUCAUGAAGGAUAGACGGGGAACUCAGAGAUACAGACCCCAAACUCCAGAUGAAGAUCAAGGGCAUUUUGAACCAAAGACAAGAGGUGGGAGUGAAAUGGAAAGACAUUCAUUACAACAGAGAUCCCCAAGUCAUGAUGGAAGAUCAUCAAAUUUUAACAAUGUGGAGGGCAAGCAGUGUACUGUAGGAGCUUCAAGUGAAGAUUGUGAAACUCUCAGGCUAUCUAGCAGCAUUUCUAGUAGUACAGUUAACCAGCAAAACCAGGAUUUAGAUAAAAUAAGACAGAUACUUUGUGAAAAGCUAAUAGACAAAAAUACAGCAAAGUCUGGAUGUCAAUGA